AUGUCCGGCUCUCCAUCGAAGCAAGAUAUCCAACCGAAGCGAUUAGAACUCUCUGUGAAUCAAGAGGAUGGAUCCCUGCUGACAGCUCCCUUGUCGACCGUGCUGCUAGCCUCCACGGACGGCCUUUACACAGACCUUUACAAUGUAGCUCAUGGUGAAUUGGAUGUGACGACGGCAGCUCAGCAAGGCGAUGGAGACGAAGAUGAUGCAGCUGCUGCCGCUCCGACUACCAAGAAGGAGCGUAUGUCCAAUCUAUCCUUUGCUCAAAGACGGCACGAACUGGCGUGGCGUCUGGUACAGCAUGGAAAGGGACUGACUCAUGUGGCUGCUUUGACAGCUGCCAAUGCGUCUUCUGAUUUCUCUCGAGCCACGCAAGUGUCCACUCGAGCACUGCAGCAUGCUCGAACUGCCUGGGUUCAAGCCGAUGAAGCACAAGACGCUCUCUACUUUUUCCAUGCACAGCUAUUCCCAGCUAGACAGUCUCCUCAUGAUAUAUAUGGAGCACUCGAUGUACAACUCUUAGGAAAGUGGAUUGACAUGCCCACGGAUCUCAGACUCACCGUAGAUAGAUUCAACAAUUCACAAGAAGCACGAUGGUCUCAAAAGGAGGUCGCCGAACGAUGGCAAAUGGCCGUUCGGAACAAACUCCUCAGUGGAGAAAUUGCUUCCAUGAGACGGCAACAGCAACACAUACCCAAGAAACCACUCUGGAAUGUCGCUUUAAAAGGAGGAAUUGUCAGACUCACACAUGGAACACCAAAAAGGUCCGGCAAUCAACCUCCCAUCUAUCCCAUUGAAGCAAUGCUCACUGUACUGAGUACUUCCACGCCCAGCGAAUGGUCCUUACUUUCCAUUGAAGCACGAGUACAACCCAAAACGGGAGAAUCCAAUCACCAACUUGAAGCUUCCAAUAGACAACGCUACAAUCUCCAUAGACUCGCAGCUCUAUCCAUGGCCAAGGAAGAAGCACGCGUACGGAUUGCUCAAAAGAAGGACGAUGAAGAAUCUUCCGUCAAAACAUCCACAACCGACGGAAAAAAGAGCGAAGCAACCGACGACGCCACUGCCACAAACCCUUCCGUUGCUUCCGGUCCGACGGCAAAUUCAUUGGUGGCACGACCCUUGAACAAACUCUUUGAAGUGGCACACACGUUUGCCCUCUCGUGGCAACUGGAAAUGCUUUCUGCUCAAGCACAAGCUCUCAAACGAGGGAAUUGGGCUGCAGGAGGAACUCAACCGAUCGUCGUCACACCAGUACAUUUCCUAGAAAAGAACUCGGGCAGUCUUGUCAGUGGUGUCACCAGUAGUAAUAGUGCCAGCAAGGAACAAACAGCUAUUGGGGUUGUAUCCAUGUCAUUUUGGAGAGUAGACGACCAGUAUGGACCUCCCUACAUGGGUGACUUGAUCUUGGCCGACCAACAACAAGAAACACAACAGGCGCCACCGUCCGACAACUCCACCGUCCAAGAAGAAGGCAACAGCCAGAUGAUCGACCCACCCGUCACCAAUCAACUGACACUUUCCAUCCGUGCCGAACCAAGUCUCGGCAUUCGAGUUGCACUCAGUGGAGGCAUGCCCAAGAAUCAGGCAGAACAGCCUCAUAUACAGGCCACCCUGAGAGAACUUUUAGAUGCAGCCUCCAAUCCGUUUGCACUGUCUGCCAGUGGGGCUCUACUGGCUGCCACAAGACUCUGUUCGGAACAAAAAUGCCACGCCAUUGUAAAUGCUAUUCAACCAGAAAAUGAGGCAUCGAUUCUGCCAUCGUGGAUGUACCUGUCAGUCGAGCGAACCUGCAUUAUUGUACACGUUCGUGUAUCCUAUCACGGGAUUGCAAACAACAGUAGUAAUGAAGAAGAUGCACCAAUGGCGGGGUUGUUUCGGCUGACCUGCGAUGCCCGAACGGGUGGCUUUGUGUGCACGUUUUCGAGGAGCAUGCAUUUGCUACGGCUCGUGACGUGUGGUGAUACUCGUGCCAGCGAGUCCACAUCACUGCGAAUCAUGAGUCUUCCUCCAAAGAGACGGAGACUCGCAGGGGCCAAUGCGGUCGGACGAGUGGCACGGGAUGCAAUGGAUGGAAUCACUCGAUCGAUGAAUGCAUUGGGUCAUCGAGCUGGUGUUGGUGGGGCUUGGAAGGAUCGAGAUUCAAUGUCAGCAUCGUUGCGACAACGGGCGAUCCAAUCGGCUUGUGGCGAUGUUCGAAUUGCAUUGAUGAAAGCUUGUGGUAUUGCUGCCUUGUAUGGACUGUCCGCGUUGGCGCUAGGGGUCGCCACUGGCGUGACCGUCACGCACGAUAUGGCUGGAGAAAACUUGGAUUCAGUCGAUGGAAUCUCUCUUCUACCGGCUCCACCCGUGAGUGUUCUCAUGGACCAACAACUGAUCGAGAACGAAUCAAAAAGCGUUGAUGGAGAGAAGAAAAAGACUUCCUACAUACAACAGCAGCUGUUUGGAGUUGGUUGCUCCAGUACACCAGAAGCGCUGACGCUGUAUCCGUUGGACCUAUCUGUGACGUUGGAUAGCCCAAUCUCAGCUCCUCGGCGGGUGUCUGCGUCGCUGGCAAAGCUAAAGCCAGAGGAGACCACUGAACCGCAACCCAUUUCAAAGAUAGCGAAGUUGGAAGAAGGAAACGGCAGCUCGUCCCCCCGCCCUCCUAAACUGCAAGAUCUUUCUGCCGAGGUGGAACGUUUCGCCCUGCUAUUAACUGAUGCCAUGGACUAG